CAAACUCAACUGGUGCAGCAUGCUUGGGCGGCGUUGGAGGGGACGCGGACUCGACUCAGGGGUCGGGAGCAACUGAACAAGGAAAUCUGUAACACUUUUCACCUGCGCACGUGCAUUUGUGAGCAGCAUUUUUGCAUAAGGGACAUCAGAAGCGCCGUCAUCUUUGGGAGCAAAAAGCAAUCUGCCACAUUGCAACUUCUUUGAAUGUCCAGACUACAUUUCACCAGGUCCACAAAGAUUGACAAGGGUUAUGAACAGUACAGAACAACAAGAUCAGCGCACCAUCGCUGCUGACAAAGUGGCCACGACAGAAAGGAUCAGCAAUGAUGAUCUAGAAUCUGCCCAGGCAGUUAUCAAGUUGGACGUGGGUGUUUCCAAAAGAGGUGAUUGCGUCAUGAAGCGAGCAGUGGAGAAACCUGUCUCAUAGGCCUGUUUGUGACUCUGUCUGCAAGACUAGCAAAAUUAGGGUUUGUAGCCUUUCACUCCUAUAGCCUUGCUUGGCGCCAACAGAGAGGAGGCAUGGAUUUCAGUGAGACCUACAAGCACAGCGGUCCUUGUGCGUGGUCUCCCAAUGGCAGAAUGCUCGCAACAGCGGUCGACUUCCGCUUGGUGGUGCGGGACGCCGACAGCUUGCAGGUCCUUCAGCUCUUCUCCUGCCUCGACAAGAUCAACCAGAUCGAGUGGGCCAGUGACUCCACCUAUAUCCUCUGCGCGCUCUAUAAACGCUCGCUCAUCCAGGUCUGGUCGGUCGCGCAGCCCGAGUGGAUCUGCAAGAUUGACAACGGGCCCGCCGGGCUCGUGCACGCACGCUGGUGUCCCGAUGGGCGCGGAAUCCUCGCCACCUCUAGUUUCCAGCUCAAGAUCACAUUCUGGUCCCUUGUCACCAAGCACAGCGAGAGCCUGCAGUGGCCAAAGCUGGUAAUGAGGGGCGUGAGUUUCUCGCACGACGGGAAGUUUGCGGCGGUGGCGACGCGGCGGGAUUGCAAAGACUUCGUGAACAUUCUGACGUCGGAAUCGUGGGAGCUUGUGACGAGAUUCGAGGUGGGGACGGCGGACCUGGCGGACCUGGCGUGGGCGCCAGACGAUGGAAGCAUUGCAGUGUGGGAUAGCAUCCUGGAUUACAAGAUGCUCAUCUACUCCCCCGACGGCCGCCUCACCGCCCAGUACUCCGCCUACGAAAACGCGCUCGGGAUCAAAACCGCUUCGUGGUCGCCCUCCGGCCAGUUCCUCGCGAUCGGAAGCUUUGACCAGACGGCCCGUGUUUUGAACCACCUGACGUGGCGACCCUUUGGCGAGUUUAUUCACACUCCUACGAUACGGCCGAACGGAGCGGUGGCAGUUUACAGGGAGCUAGAGGAGGGCCGACAUGUAGUGCUGGAGGGGCGUGCGGAGGGGCUGACGAACGGGAUGCAGUUUCGGGAGGCGGCGGCAGCGGCGGCGGACGCGCAGGGGGCGCGAGAGGGACCGACAAAAGCGCGCUACGAAGUGGUCGACGAGCAGGUGGUAGCCGUGCCAAACCGGAAGCCAGAGCCCGAUAAACCGAACCCGAAGCAAGGAAUAGGUCUGCUAGAAUGGAGCCCGGACAGCCAGUACCUCGCCACGCGCAACGACAGCAUGCCGACCGCCGUGUGGGUAUGGUCCAUGCCGUCCCUCGAACUGACCGCCGUCCUCAUCCAAAAAGAGCCCGUCAAGGCGGCCACGUGGGACCCCACGAGCGCGCGGCUCGCGAUCGUGACGGGCACCGCGCGCGUGUUUCUGUGGGCGCCCGACGGCGCGUCGUGCGUGCACGUGCCUUUAGCGGACUUUCACGCCGUCGGGCUGCGGUGGAACCCGGCGGGGAACGCGUUUGUGCUGUUAGAUAAGGACACGUUCUGCUGCGCAUUUGUGCCACGGACGGACGAAUACGAGGGCCACUGAGGGGCGACUGUCAGUUUCAAUCGACCUUGCAGAGUCUAGUAAGCGUAUAUUUACCCACCCGAAGGUCCAAUUCUUUGCAUAUACAAGAAAAUAAAGGUCUCUAGUCGUCUGCAUGAGGUGUGUAUGUACAAGCUUUGCCAUCAGUCGACGUCAUAUGGUG